UUCAUGUCAAUCAGUGGAGGGUAUUUACGGCCAGCUUCACCAUCAUCUCACUGCCACUACUCAUCUAAGUUGGUAACAGGCUCUCCCUCCUUGCUCGCGUUAUAAAUUAUUGUCUACUUACCUGGUCUUCUGUUUCCUAGCUCCACAUCACAACUGUCUCAUCUCUUGGAUACUGGACUCCAUUCCUACAGGAUCUUUUCCACUCCCCAGGACAAAAACGCUUAUCACACUCACUGGUCUGCCCUCCUGUCACCAGUACUUUGGUGGAUUCUGGAAAACACAGGCCAGCCCAUCUCACUUAUCCCCAGCCAGCUGCCUGGAACUCUGUCUCCCCCUCCAAGCCUAGCCUUCAUCUGCCAAAUGUGACCCCCGUGACCACCACAUCACGUGUCUCCCAUUGUGUAGCACCCCUCUUAUCGUCAUGUUGAACGUCAUGCCAAGUAUUGUGUUGUGUUUGGUCAAGCCAAGUUUGUAGCUUCAGCCUCACAUCCAUUAUAGUAUUGAGUGUUGCUUUCACCCUAAGUUUCUAAUUCUUGUACACCACAUUAAAUAAUACCUUGUGCCUUAGUUAAAAAAGCCUUUGCUUUGAGAACUUUGAACCGCCUCUACACGUCUGUCUUUCACUUGAGUUCAGUUUUGUACAGGCCCUCGGGCCCCCUUGACAGUAUUGCUCACGUAGCUUUUGUAACCAGUUUCCAGAUUCAGGUUAGCUACUCUUGCACUCAAUGCUCUGCCACACUUUGGGCUUGAUACCCAAUCUCAGAUGGCGGUGAUACUAUCUCCCCUAUCUAAAACCUGGGGUUGAAUGUUUACGUCUUACUUCUUCUAAAAUGCAUUUGCUGUCAUCACAGUUAAUAGAUAAACCUUUCCAUUAUCUUUUCAUAUCUGUGCAGCUUUACAAGCUUCUAGCCAAUCAACUGUCCUAGUGAUACUAUAGUGUGGGAACCUCAAAUGAUUCUGUUAUUAAAAAUUAUUCUGUGCAUCUACACAUUGAUUCUGACAGCAAUCAAACAUGUUCCAGUGUUUGAAGACAAUCAGCCUACAGCUGUGAGCAGCAGCCAUUGUUCAAAGGAUGGAAGAAGCUUUUGGCUUACAAAGGCUCUCAGAGAAAAGUCAUUGUUCAUUUGAAAAAUCAGAUGUUGCUCAAAAGGUGUUUUUUUUUCUUUUUUAAUUUUUAUGACAAGUCACCUGAAAGGGAGCCCCAAGUGUGUCAUUGCAUCUCUUAUCAUGGUAUUUUGUGCUGUUUGACAAAUGGUGACAAUGACUUACUCCAUUCGGAUUUCAGACAGCAUGGCUUUAAACAGCACAGACGACUUUCCCUGAAGCUGAGUGUUUCAGUGUGGCACACACCUUCGUUGUUCUCCGUGUGAUAACAGCAUGACUCCAUUUACAUGGGCUGUUCACAACCUGCUGUGCAGGUGUCUCAGCAUCCCCAUCUCUGCGUGGUUCACUCUUCUGUGUCUCUUUAUCAUUGUGCCAGCUGUACUCAGAGGCUCUUUUAGUAUCCGCAGCUUGUAUUUGAGGACACUUCUCAAGAUAUUUGAGUGGGCAAACUUACAAAUGAAAAUGAGAGCAAAAGAAAAAAAUCAGCAACUCUACAAAACAUAUACAAAUGGUAUCAUAGCCAAAGAAUCACCAGCAUCUUUGCGGCAGGAGAUCCGGGGUUCUGCCAGCUGUCUGUGCUCAGAUCAUGAGUUUGAUAUGGCUGAUAUCUUCUACUUUUGCCGAAGUGGCGUGGAGAGCAUAGUGGAUGAUGAAGUGACCAAGCGAUUUUCAGCCCAGGAACUUGAGAGCUGGAAUCUGCUGACUCGGAGCAACUACAACUUCCAUCACAUAAAUAUGAGACUUACACUCCUGUGGGGGCUGGGACUUCUCACCCGCUAUGGCAUCCUGCUGCCUCUCAGGUAUGACUUGUGUCAUAUUAUAAGAACUGUGAUUGGCUGGGUGACUGCUGAGGACACUAUUUGUUCUUUUUUCUGCAGGGUUACUCUUGCAGUCACUGGUAUUAGUCUCUUCCUAUUCUUCACCACCUUAGUGGGGUUUUUACCAAAUGCAGCGUUAAGAUCCUACCUCAGUGAAAAGGUUCACAUGAUGGGCUAUCGCAUGUGUGUAAGCUCUCUCACGGCAAUCAUCACCUAUCAUAACAGAGAAAACAAACCUAAGAAUGGUGCUAUAUGUGUGGCCAAUCACACGACACCCAUUGACGUGAUAAUCUUGGCCAGUGAUCGCUGCUACUCUUUGGUUGGACAGAUGCAUCGUGGGUUGCUGGGGAUGAUCCAAAGCGGAAUGGUCAAAUCCUCCCCGCACAUCUGGUUUGACAGAUCAGAAGUCAAAGACAGACACCUAGUGGCCAAGAGGCUUAGUGAUCAUGUGGCUGAUAAAACCAAACAACCCAUCCUCAUCUUCCCUGAGGGUACUUGUAUUAACAACACAUCCGUGAUGAUGUUCAAAAAGGGCAGCUUUGAAAUUGGCUGCACUAUUUAUCCCGUUGCCAUUAAGUAUGACCCUCGCUUCGGUGAUGCUUUCUGGAACAGCAGUAAGUGUGGCCUGGUGUGGUAUCUUCUCAGCAUGAUGAGCAGCUGGGCCAUCGUAUGCAGCGUUUGGUACCUGCCACCUAUGGACAGAGAGGAAGGAGAGGAUGCAGUACAGUUUGCCAAUAGAGUGAAAGCCACCAUAGCUGCCCAAGGCGGAUUAGUGGAUCUCAUCUGGGAUGGUGGACUGAAACGAUCCAAAGUGAACGAUGCUUUCAAAGAAGAGCUGCAGAAACUUUACAGCAAAGUUCUUGUUGGUGACCAUGAAGACGAAAGUGAAAGGAUGGAAAUCUAGAAAAAAAAGACUUAACCACAAGACAAUGAGGACACAGUGAACGCAUGUUAUCACCGCAGAGUUUUACUUCUUAAAGAACAUUUUACAUAAGGUGAAUCUAAAAUACCACAAGCAGCAAUUUGCACACUUAAUAGGUGCUUCGUUGGGUACAACUUUCUAGUACUGGGCUGGACCCUCUUUCACUGUGGUCCAAAAUGUGCCAAGAAGAUAUUCCCCACACUGUUACACCAUCACCAUCAGCCUGAACUGCUGGUAAAACGCAACAUGGAUCCAUGCCUUCAUGUUGUUUACACCAAAUUAUGACCCUGCCAUCAGCAGAAAUCGAGACUCAUCAAACAGGCAAUGUUUUUCCAAUCUUCUGUUUUACAAUUUUGCUGUGCACUUAGGGAUGCUCUUCUCCGCACCUUUGUUGUUAUGAGUGAUUGUUUGAGCCAAUGUUUACCUUCCUAUCACUUCAAAGGUCAUUCUUCUCUGGCCUCUGGCAUCACCAAAGCAUUUUAACUCAGAGAACUGCUCCUCACUGGAUAUUUUUUUGUUUUUGGACCAGUCUCUGCAAACCCUGAGAUGGUUUAUCAGUAAAUCCUAGUAGAUCAGAAGCUUCUGAAAUAUUCAGACUAGCCCAUCUGGCACCAACAACCAUGCCACGAUCAAAACCAUGCCACGAUCAAAACCACUUAAAUCGUCUCCCUUCCUCAUUCUGACACUCAUUUCAAACUUCAGCAGAUCUUGUACAUAGACCAUGUACAUAUUCUUAAAUCACUGGAUUGCUGCCCUGUGACUAGGUGAUUAGAUAUUUGCUGUAAAAAUGAGUUACACUGUUAUUUCUACCAGGCUGUAGACCAAAGAAAAUGAUUUUAUGCAUCUAAAGAUCUAUAUUGCGCUUUGUAUCCAAGGUCGGUCUAAAUGUAUUUAAAGUUGUAGGCUACUUUAAUAACUUUUCUCUUCUUUAACUGUUUGCCUUUAGGCGAAAACCUGAACAUCUCUGCCACCGUUUUGUGGACACGUGAGCUUGUUGUUGUAGUAUCUGAUUAAAACGUUCUCCUCUGUCUACAACAAGUGUUUACUACUAAAACUGUUACAUCACAGCCAGACACUUUGGCAGUGCUAGCUCAUGUGCGUCACAGUACUAAUUGGCUCAAGUGUCUAUAUGUGACUCUUUCCUGAAUUUUGUCCAUGAAAAGGAAAGUGAGAUCACACUUUCUCAGGGCUGGUCCACCGUUUAAGCUUUAAUAAUGAAGAGCUUCAGUUUACUUGUCCUUGACUCUUACAGCAGACUUUCCUCUACAAAGUAAAUUAGCCACAUUUUGCUUUAAGGUUUGUUCCCUUUCUCAAACAGCAGGAGUCAGUAUUUGAGCAGCAAUUUGUGACAUGGCAAUUCAUUUACCUUUAUCAACAAACAUAUAAAUUGCUCUAUGGACUCGUUUAGACAGCAGUGACCAAAAUAAAUGCAUUUACCGUGCCUAUGCAAGCGUAUUCAAGGUCAUAUAGAGGAAAAUGCAUGCAAGGAACCAGCUCUGAAACUGGGGGAAAACAGACCUGAGAAAUAUCAUCU